CAAAGCUAGCGCUGGUCCCGGUCUCGAGACCCCGAACCCCCCGCGUCGCCUCCUCCACUCCACCUCCCCUCCCCCCUUUCCUCUCCCCUCCUCUCCUUUCGCAUCCCUCCUUCCAUCCAUCCCCAUCGCAUCGCAACCGCCGCAUCGGCGAGUGAGCCGCGCCAGCACGGUGCUCCGAGCCUGCCUGCCUGGGCGAGCCUCGGCGCGGGCGGUGGCCGGGUUAGAGAGGGGAGGGGACGAGGAGAUCGAGGGAGAGAGGGAGGCGACGCGAUGGCGCGGGAGCGGAGGGAGAUAAAGCGGAUAGAGAGCGCGGCGGCGCGGCAGGUCACCUUCUCCAAGCGCCGCCGGGGCCUCUUCAAGAAGGCCGAGGAGCUCUCCGUCCUCUGCGACGCCGACGUCGCGCUCAUCGUCUUCUCCUCCACCGGCAAGCUCUCCCAGUUCGCCAGCUCCAGUAUGAAUGAGAUCAUCGACAAGUACAGCACGCAUUCUAAGAACCUGGGGAAAACAGACCAGCCUGCUCUUGACUUGAACUUAGAGCAUAGCAAGUAUGCAAAUUUGAACGAUCAGCUUGCAGAAGCUAGUCUUCGACUAAGACAGAUGAGAGGUGAGGAGCUUGAGGGGUUGAGUGUUGAUGAACUCCAGCAGUUGGAGAAAAACCUAGAAACUGGUCUGCACAGGGUGCUUCAGACAAAAGAUCAACAAUUCUUGGAACAGAUAAAUGAACUGCAUCGAAAGAGUUCACAACUGGCAGAGGAGAACAUGAAACUAAGGAACCAAGUAGGCCAGAUUCCAACAGCUGGCAAGCUAGUGGUUGCUGAUACCGAAAAUGUUGUUGCUGAAGAUGGGCAGUCCUCGGAAUCCGUCAUGACUGCAUUACACUCCGGAAGUUCACAGGAUAAUGAUGAUGGUUCCGAUGUUUCCCUGAAAUUAGGAUUGCCCUGCCUUCCGUGGAAGUAACAACAGUUGUCGUCCGUUCGGUUCCUCAUGGAGCUGCAGCAUCAGUGGAGAAGCUCUUGGGGUUAUGGAUAAACCUGGGCUGCAAUAAUCCUGCGGCGGAAGCGAGAUCAGUUAACCUGAUUUAUCAUCCUUGUGGCUGCAUGAUGCGAUGCCCCCGUUUUAACUGUUGGUGUUUGCUAGGACCUUGACUAAACUUUUAGAGCUACCUGAUGUUCAUCGUUGUUGACACUAUCCAUGUUAUGUAUGUACCAUGCCGGUAUCUUAGAUUAUGCUCUAUAAAUACAUGUCUUGGUCAGCGUUCUACUCCUUCGGUCUCAAAAUAUAAGCUCAAGUGAUCUUAUAUUUUGGGUGGGAGGAACUAAUAUUUUGAUGAAAAAGAAAGUUGAACAACGCUCA